GUUUCAAAAAAACAUCCAUGGGCCGUGGAGCUUGGCAGGAAGUUACGUAUGACAAAUCGGUGGACACAAUGGCGCCUCUAGAUCUGGAGAAAUAUGCGGACAUCGCAAAACAGUGCAAAUACCUUCCAGAAAAUGACUUAAAGCGAUUAUGUGACUAUGUGUGUGACCUUCUGCUGGAGGAGUCAAACGUUCAACCUGUUUCAACUCCAGUAACAGUAUGUGGGGACAUACACGGACAGUUUUAUGAUCUUUGUGAACUCUUUCGAACUGGUGGCCAAGUUCCAGAUACAAAUUACAUAUUUAUGGGAGACUUUGUUGACCGAGGAUAUUACAGUUUGGAGACCUUUACCUACCUGCUGGUGCUGAAAGCUAAAUGGCCAGACCGCAUCACUCUUCUACGUGGAAAUCAUGAGAGCAGACAAAUUACUCAAGUUUACGGAUUUUAUGAUGAGUGCCAGACCAAAUAUGGAAACGCUAAUGCCUGGCGUUAUUGCACCAAAGUGUUUGAUAUGUUAACAGUGGCAGCUCUGAUGGAUGAACAGAUCUUGUGUGUACAUGGAGGCCUCUCUCCUGACAUUAAAACCUUAGAUCAAAUUCGGACCAUUGAGCGGAACCAGGAAAUCCCUCACAAAGGAGCCUUUUGUGAUUUGGUUUGGUCUGACCCUGAAGAUGUCGACACUUGGGCCAUCAGCCCAAGAGGAGCAGGCUGGCUAUUUGGCGCUAAAGUAACAAAUGAGCAAGCCAGUCUGUUUGCUCAAGACACAGGAAACCUGGUUUCUCACCAACAAAGACCCCUUUUUCUGCAUCGCUGAUAUACCGACCAAAAGUUUGGGAAACCCUCUUUUCAUCUGUAUCAGUAUGGCACAGAUUGACAACAAUGGUUCUAUCAGUUAGACAAACCACAAUGGAAUUACUAUUCGCAGCCUUUUGCAGGAACUUAAAUAAAAUACAAUGAACUAUUUUUUAAAUGUCCCACUGGACGCUCUGGGAUCAUUGGUGGAACGCGGGCGACACCCGCUGGCGUUUGAGAGUUACUGCAAGCCACGGACUAUUACCCAAAGUCUUCACUGAAUUUAAAUGUCUGUUUGAUAUUUUAUGAACUUUUGCACAAAUGCUCCCAGUGUAUAUCAUGAUAACAAUGUCACUAAUGACUGUUUUCCGACAGGUCUGCUGGUUAAAUCUGUUUGUCAACCAAAUAUGAUUGUGUUUACCUCAGAACAACUUGGAAAUGUUACAUAAUGAACAUUAAGUGUUCUUGGCAACCAAAUAAGGUGGCAACACUCAUUGCAUAGUUUAACCAUGGUGUGUGAGACAAUGCAAAAGCUGGGAAUUAAUUUCUUAUUCCACUGGUUUUGAACCCCAAAUAAUUCUAGGGUGAAAUUAAAUCAGAGGUGUGGUCUUCCUGCUUUUGCCUUUGGGGGCAGUCCCCUUUCUCCUUGGUACAAAAGGCCAGAGCCUUUUGAUCUCCCGGCUUCUUGUUCUCCUGCAUCACAAAGAUGCUGGCUCCCAGCCAGGAAGCACCACCUCUCACCACGAGGUGCGGGAGGCGCACCGAAACAGGCUAGGCCCGGCAGAACCUUCCUUGCCGCGCUGACGACCGACGACCGCUGACGGCUGAGUUAUUCUGCCCACUCCCCAAAACUACACUUUUGUGUGUGGGUGAAGCACCACUAAGAAGAAUCCGGCAGGAAGAAUUUGCGGCUCAAGUUUUCUUGACAAACGUGACGAACGUCACCCCAGUGCUUCGGCCACCCUACGCUGGCUUUUUCUUUUGUUUUUCCUUUUUCCUCCUUUUUCUGCAAAUACACUUGUUGGCGCCCUUGCCCAGCCAUCGGGAGGAUCGACCCGCCUGCCUAAAUCUUGUUCUGCGCAAUGUGAGUACAACUUGCUAAUUACCAAGUACAAAUUGGUGCACAAUUGGGUGAUACUAUCAGUCACAGAAAUACCCAGCUCUCGCAUCGCUCCCCACACAUCCUCAUUCCACCCUUAUGUCAUGGGUUCAGCCUUCUUUAUGAAUGUUUAUCAGUACUCUUUUCUAAUAAAGUCCCUCUACAGUUUACCCUGUAGUUUUCCCUUGUAGAUUUACAUUUUCUCUAAAAUUCCACUUCCUGUUGUGGACUUUGUGUGUGUGCGUGAAAUAGUAAAACCGCUGGAAUCGAGAACUAUUUAUUUUCAUCCACGUAGCAGCCUUCUAGAUAACAGAUUGAUCGAGGUUUUUCGUCACUUUUCCUAAAAUUUACAAAUAUGAAAAGAGACGUGGUGGCCUAUACGAGACAAACAUAGUUUUAUUGUAACGUUAAAUGUACGUCGAACUACACUGGAAAUAAAGGCAGGCGUUCACUUUCCGACGUCUUCUUUUCCGAAAUUAUUUACGCUUUUAUCCAAAACCAAUAUACGCUACAACAAUGACAAUGACCCCAACCGUAUGUCCA